CGUGUGGGACUGGAUUUAACAGUGGAGACUGGACAGUGUGGGCUCAUUGGCAUCACUACUUUACGGACAGUGUGGGCUCAUUUGCUUUAUGAUUGUGGAAACGCGUGGGAAACAUUUCGAGGCAACUUCCUCGGCACCUUUGCUUUUCUUUAAUUAGUGAUUUGAGAAUCCAAUGAACUCUGCCUCUUUCUUCUUCAAAGUCCAGAAACUCUUUCACAAUCUCUCUUGUUAUCUCACAGCUCUCAAUGGUGAACAUUCAAGAAGCCUCUUCUUCUCCAUGGAAAUACCAUGUCUUUUUGAGUUUUAGAGGUGAGGAUACCCGCCAUAAUUUCACGGGCCAUUUGUGCAGCGCUUUGCGUCAGAAUGGAAUCGACACCUUCAUGGAUGAUCAGCUCAGAAGAGGAGAAGAAAUAUCAACAGCACUUCUCCAAGCAAUUGAACUGUCGAGGAUUUCAAUCAUUGUGUUCUCCAAAAACUAUGCAUCCUCCAAGUGGUGCUUGGAUGAACUUGUCAAGAUCCUCGAGUGCAAGAAAUCAAAUCACCAAUUGGUUCGACCAGUUUUCUACAAAGUCGAUCCCUCGGAUAUACGAAAUCACAGAGGUAGCUUUGGGGAGGCACUUGCUAAUCAUAAAUGCAAAUUCAAAGAUAACUCGGACAAGGUCCAGAUAUGGAAGGCAGCUCUUAAAGAAGCGGCAAAUUUGUCAGGGUGGCCUCUUUUGGAUGAGCAUUGCUCUGAACCCAGUGUUAUUCAUGAAAUUGUUAAAGAGAUUUCAGAGCAAGUUAUGAACAGUACAUAUAUGGAUGUGGCCAAGUAUCCAGUAGGAAUAAAAACUCGGGUGCAAGAGAUCCAUAAGCUUUUAGGUGUUGAGGGAAGAGACGUUCAUAUGGUAGGGAUAUGGGGGGCUGGUGGAAUAGGUAAGACGACAAUUGCCAGAGCUGUCUAUAACUCAAUUGCUCAUAAAUUUGAUGGGAGUUUUUUCUUAGAAAAUGUUAGGGCAGAUUCAAUGGGUGCAAGAGGCUUUGUCAAACUACAGAAGACACUUCUUCGUCAGAUUCUAAAGGGAAAAAAAUUAAAUGUGGACAAUGUAGCUAGAGGAAUCACUAUGAUCAAAGAAAUGUUGCAAUACAAAUGUGUUCUCUUAGUGCUUGAUGAUGUGAAUGAUAUUGAUCAGUUAAACAACUUAGCCAGUGACUGUAGUUGGUUUGGUAAGGGUAGUAAAAUCCUCAUAACAACAAGGGAUAGGCAAUUGUUGACCAGUCAUGGUGUUAAUUUAAUAUACGAGGUCCAAAAAUUUGAUCCUCAUGAAGCUCUCGAGCUUUUUAGUUGGAAUGCCUUCAAAAAAAACGGGCCUUUGGAUGGUUUUGCAGAACUUACAAAACGUGCUAUACGCUAUGCUCAAGGCCUUCCAUUAGCUUUGACUGUUCUAGGAUCUUCUCUAUGUGGUGGAAAUGUAGAGAAAUGGCAAGCUGCAUUAGAUGGUUUCAAAAGCUCAAAAAUUAGAGAAGUUCUCAAAAUAAGUUACGAUGGAUUGGAUGACACAGAGAAGGAAGUUUUUCUUGACAUUGCAUGUUUCUUCAAAGGUGAACAUAGAGACCAUGUGAUACAAACAUUAGAAGCUUGUCACUCCAAACUUGCUGAGCAUUGUAUCAACGUGCUCAUAGACAAGGCCCUCAUCAAUACAUCUACGGGUCGCAUUUGGAUGCAUGACUUGCUAGAAGAACUGGGUAGAUAUAUAGUUCACAAAGAGUCACCCAAUGAACCUGGAAGGCGUAGCAGGUUGUGGUUUCAUGAAGAUGUUUACCGUGUUCUAACAGAGAAUAUUGGAACAACCAAUGUUAUAGGCAUCAAGGUGGAGCUGCCCAAAGAUUCAGAUGUGAUAUGUUUAAGUGGGACCACUUUCUCCAACAUGCAAAAUCUUAGACUUUUCAUACACCGUGCUGGACGCUAUUCUGGCGCUGUUGAUAGUCUGCCAAAUAGCUUGAGGGUAGUUGAUUGGCCUAAAUAUCCCUUACAAUUUUUGCCAUCCAAUUUAAUUCCAAGAGAACUUGCUCUAAUCAAUAUGCCUGGCAGUCGCAUCACAGCAUUGGGAGAUAGAUACAAGCAUCUGAUAAAUCUGACAUCAAUAAAUCUAAGUGAUUGUCAGUGCCUAAAGAAAGUGUCAGACUUAUCAGGAAGCCCAAACUUACAACAUUUGAAUCUAGGUCUCUGUAAAAGUUUAGUUGAAGUGCAUUAUUCCGUUGGAUUCCUCGAUAAACUUGAGUAUUUGAGUCUUUGGGACUGCUCAAGUCUCCAGACUUUUCCCACGGAAGUUAGUUGGAAAUCCAUGAGGAAUCUUCAGCUUGGCUUUUGUAGAAGGCUUGAAAAUUUCAUAAAAAUUGUGCACAACAUGGAGUCCAUUAAAACAUUGGAUCUAAGGAAAAGUGGCAUAAAAGAAUUGUCCUUAACGAUUGAAAAUCUUACUUCUUUAAGGGAAUUGUACCUGUUUAGAACUCCCCUUAAGGAAUUGCCUUCAUCGAUUGGGUAUUGCACUUCCUUGAAGAAAUUGAACGCGUCUGAAACUCCCAUCACAGAACUGCCUUCAUCAAUUGGGUAUCUCACGUCCUUGCAGGAAUUGAAUGUUUCUGAAACUUCCAUCAGAGAGCUGCCUUCUUCAAUUGGGAAUCUCACAUCCUUGGUGCAAUUGAAGCUAUCUAAAACUCCCAUUAAAGAACUGCCCCCGUUUGGAAAACUCACGUCCUUGGUGGAAUUGCACGCUUCUGAAACUCUGAUUGAAGAAUUGCCUCUGUCAAUUGGAAAUCUCAAUCGCCUUCGGUCUUUAAAUCUAGCAUUAUGUGCAAACCUUACAAAUGUGCCGCACGGUGUUUACGGAGGGCUGCAGCAUCUACGAUGGAUAGACCUCUCUUGGUGUCCAAAACUGGUGACAUUUCCAAGUAGGGGGAGCGCUUUGGUUUCAUCAAGUGCAGAAUCUCUUCCUUUGAUGCUUCCAUCUAAUUCAAACAAUGGGCAUGAUCAUCAUCCUGGUUCAUUAUUGUUUCCCCAGCUACAGCGUCUUGAUUUUGAAGGAUGCCAAUUAUCAGUGGUCUCUGAUUUCCUAACGAAUCUUGACUGUGCGUCCACAUUAUGGAGCCUUAAUCUUUCAGGAAGCAGUUUUGAUAGUCUUCCGGCAUGCAUCAACAAAUUCAGCGAAUUGAAAUAUCUUAAUUUGGCUGGUUGCAAGAGGCUUCGAGACAUUUCAGAACUUCCACCAAAUAUAGUAGUUAUAAAGCUGGAUGAUUGCGUAUCGUUGGAAAGAUUUUCAAAAUUGUCAAAUAUACUGGAACAGAAAGACACUCCGGGACGUGUUCGCGGGAUCCACUUGUCUAAUUGCAAUAGACUGAUGGAUAGUCUUGGCAUGGACGUGGUGUCGAAGAUGGCAAAAGCAUUGUUUAAUCAGCUGGUGCAUGCCGGCUUAGAUCAGCAUGUUCAGUGGAAUCUUAUUCUUCCAAGCCUCCAGGAAAUUGAAGUUCCAAAUUGGUUUGAUGGGGGUGAGGUGGACACAAGUCUGCUUCCUGGUCAGGACCCUGAGUAUGAUAUAUGUGAAAUUUUGAUAAAAAUCCCCAGGAAUCUGAAGGCUGAGAGAAUAGGAUUGGUUGUCUGUGUUGUUUUUGAACUUACCCAAGAUUUUUUAUAUGAUCCUGAUUGUUGUUUUGUGGAGGUUGUGAUUGAUAAAAAAGUGUGUCCUGACUCUGGUUGCCACUUUUUUAAAUCAAAAGCGACAUGUAUUGCAUCAGCUCAAGAUCAUGUAUUAGUGCAUCUGACAUUUAUUGCUUUCAAGGAGCUAGAGGUGGUGGAUCCUGUGGUUCGAGUGAUUUUUCAUGACUAUGCCUCAGGUGGCAAAGGGUUGCUCCUAAAGAGUUUUGGGGUCCACCUGGCUAAUAUGAAAGACCUGGCACGAGAAAGAUAUAGGCAGAGCAAUGCUAGCAUUUCUGAUCAGGUGGCUUUGCACGCAGAAGGAGCAGCUGUAGCAUCAUUAGUAUCAGAUGACAGCAAUUACGGGGAAGUACACGAUGAUCAUCACAACGGGGAACAAGAAUGAGAACGAGAACAGGAACCUCAUCUUCCAACAAAAAGAUUUGAAGACAUGGCAAGACAAAAAAAUAUAGGCAGAGCAAUGUUAGCAUUUUUGAGGUGCUUUGGAAUUACCUGCUUGUGAUUUUGGUCAUGCACAAGGUUCAGCUAGCUCUAGUAUAAUCAUCAUCAAGUACCGAUUGAGGCCUUGAAGUACACUAUGAUCGAUCAUCAUUAAUACUUGGAUUUCAGAAGAAGAUUUUCUUUUGCCAAAGUUGAUCCCGAAAGAUGGCAAUUGAUGGUGAGAGGGGCAGAGGCACCUAUUAAUCUGGACUCAUGUAAUGGUCAAAUCUCGAUCAAUCCACACGAACAAGGCUGGGUUUGUUCUUCAAUUUCAAUUUGUGUUUGCUCAUUGGUUGUCUGGCGUUUUACUUAUUUUUAAUUUUUAUCUCUGGGCUUUUAAUUGGUAUUGUUUGCUGGCUUUUACUGCGCUCUGUUUGUUACAAGUGAGAGUGAUAUAAUGCUAUAUAUCUUUAAACACUGGACUCAUAUCUGACAUUAUUAAACUCAGAUGAUUCGUAUAACAUAUAAUUUUGAUAUCACUAACUAAAGUAGGGAAACUACCUAAAAUACCACUUCAAAAGAAUGUCCAGCAAAGGCACUUUAGAAAUUCCUAAGGCACUUUAGAAUGUGUGAAUGUGCACUUCACCUGUAUGAAAAAAUAAUGUCCAGCAAACGUUCGUAACAGAUUUGGAAUAUGAUUCUUUUAUUAAGGACAGUUUGAAGUGUGCACAUUUCAUACAUUAGACUUUGAAAAAAAGUAGAAACAUGCAAUGGAGGGCAGCUCUUACGGAAGCAGCAAAUUUGUCGCUGUGAUUUCCAAUUGCAUUUGUAUAAUUUUUUUUUUCUUUGCUUUACUUUUCUCGCAUAUAUCUGUCCUUUUUUGUUUAUUAGUGGAUUUAUUCAUAAUUUACUUAUAUUUCUGAGUUGUAUUGAUAAAGAUUGGAAGACUCUGGUACUCUGGUAGUUUAGGAUUGAAGAUGUUGAAAUAUGUAGUACGGGGCAUAUUCUAGGGUUUCAGACUCAAUGAAGAUUGAAAACCAAAAAUGAAUGAAGUUUUUGGAAAUGGAUUGAGAAUUACAACUUACUUGUUUAUGAGUGCAAAUUCAAUUGUCUUACUCACUAAUUGACUUGCUAACAGAUUUAUCAGUUAUUACAACUUGCAGUGUAACCAUAGUUACUGACAACUAAGCCUAGUCAUAGUUAAGCGUACUAUACUGUAACUCCCCACCAAACCCCAACCUCCCCUUAGGUAGAGGACCUAGCUGCAGGUUGGCAACAAGAGAAUGAAACUCAGAGCAAGGCAAGCCCUUAGUAAAGACAUCUACAAGGUGCUCUGCAGUGGAAAGAUAGGAAUUAAUUUCUAUAGCUCAGUUUGUGAUAUUUCUAACCUGUUUCUAAGUCCUUGUGCUGUAUUUAAGCAUAGCCUGCUUUCAUUCUGAUUAUGAGAAGCUUAGAGAUCAGGAAUUUAGAGUGGUAGAAAGGGGAGUCCUUUCCUUGGAUCUCCCAAGGCACACGAGGAUUAUUGAAAAUUUAACCUCUGCGGCUUUGUUUGCUUAGGUAAUACUGAUUAGCCUCUUUACACAGCACUCACGCGUGCAGCAUAGUUUCGUACUCAACAGUAAUAUCACCAACUAAAGUAGGCAAACUGCCUAAAAUACCACUUUAAAAUUGGACAUUGUCACUUUAGAAAUACCCAAGGCACUUUAGAAUGUUUGAAUGUGCACUUCACCCGUAUGAAAAAAUAAUGUCCAGCUAACAUUAGUAACAGAUUUGGAACAUGAUUUCCUUCUUUUAUUAAGGACAGUUUGAAGUGUGCACAUUUCAUACAUUAGACUUUGAAGAAAAAGAAACAUGCAAUGGGGGGAAGCUCUUACGGAAGCAGCAAAUUUGUCGCCGUGAUUUCCAAUUGCAUUUUUGUAAUUUUUAUUUUUUUUGCUUUACUUUUCUCGCAUAUAUCUGUCCUUUUUUGCUUAUUAGUGGAUUUAUUCAUAGUGUAGCUUAUAUUUCUGACUUGUAUUGAUAAAGAUUGGGAAAACUCUGGUAAUAUGGGAUUGAAGAUUGAGAACCAAAAAUGAAUGAAUUUUUUUGAGUAUGAAUGGAUUGAGAAUUGCAACUUACUUGUUUAUGAGUGCAAAUUCAAUUGUCUUACUCACUAAUUGACUUGCUAAUAGAUUUAUCAGUUAUUACAACUUGCAGUUUAACCAUAGCUACUGACAACUAAUUAUAGACGGUAAGUCUAGUCAUAGUUAAGCGUCCUAUACUUUAACUCCCCCGCCCUUAGGUAGAGGACCUAGCUGCAGGUUGGCAAUAAGAGAAUGAAACUCAGAGCAGGGCAAGCCCUUAGUAAAGACAUCUGCAAGGUGCUCUGCACUGGAAAGAUGGGAAUUAAUUUCUAUAGCUCAUUUUGUGAUAUUUCUAACCUGCUUCCAAGUGCCUUGUGCUGCACUUAAGCAUAGCCUGCUGUCAUUCUGAUUAUGAGAAGCUAGAGAUCAGGCAAUUGGAAUGGUAGAAAGGGGAUCUCUUUCCUUGGAUCUCCCAAGGCACAUGAGGAUUAUAGAAAAUUUAACCUCUCUGGCUUUGUUUGCAUAAGUGAUACUGAUUAGCCUCUUUACACGCAUUCACGCGCGCAGCAUAGUUUCGCACUCAACAGUACUUGAAUAAGCAUAAUUGCUAGGUUGAGUCUUUUGAAAAAGAUGACGUGUUAUGAACCAUGAUUAAGACAGAGUUGACAUGAGACUGUAAUGGAUGAACGAUGGUAUUAAAACCAAUGAACCAUGAUUAUAGAAACCACCUUUUAUUCUUGAAGCUGCCAUUAUAGGGUCCUGCCAUUGUCUGAAUCAUCAGCAAUUGUGCCUCUAUUAUAAAAGUUGCCAUCACCAUACUAAUUUCUGCCUCUUUCUCUUCAAUUUUGAGGAUUUUAAGUUGUGUGGCUAUCAUUGCAGUUGUAAUGUUAACGAAAGGAGAUAUUCUUGGCAGCCUCUGCAGACAGAGGAGAAAGCUGCAAUGUUGUGGCAGCCUAAUCAACUGUUUUGAUAGUGUAUUCAUCAGUGAUAUAAUUCUAGUACUCUGAUCUUUUGCAGAAUUUGAAUUAAUUCUAUAGGAUUCACCGAAGAUCCAUAUUAGUCUCUUCCUAAUUAUUAAAUGGAACUGACUGCUUAAAUAUUUCAGCUUAAGACUGCAUAUGGAAUUCUUUUUGGUAUUAAAUACCAGUCAGUUUUCGUUGUUGUGUAUUUGUGACAAGACAAGCUUGGCAUCUAUUGCGAAGCUUAACAAAAGUGUGUCAAUUGAUUUAAGAUCUGUUGAUUCAUGUUGUGAACUUGUGAUUAGCCUUAUUUUCUUUUCCAAUAUUUGGUACGAUUAGGGAAGUUGUCACAAAAAAUUAUUAAGAAAUUCAUAAUUACUGCAAAUAAACAUGACAGAAUUGAGUAAUGAAUGCAAGAAUGUCAUACGAAGACGGCUAGCUAGGGUUAGAGAGCGCGCGUUGCUCUAAUCUUGAAUCGUGUUGGAUCUUUAUUAUGGUAACGGAUUGAAUGGGAAAUUUUUUGACAUUUUUAAAACAUGUAGAUGGCCAUAAUAAAUCAAUAAUUCUCAAAACGAGUUAAUGUUAUUGUAUAAAAAAAGUAUUGCCUGAUAAUAAAAAUUAGAGCUCAUAAAUUGGAUCACUUUGCGAGUUAAUGCUAUUGUAUAAAAAAAGUAUUGCCUGAUAAUAAAAAUUAGAGCUCAUAAAUUGGAUCACUUUGCUAGUUUAGAUCAUGAAGUUGAUCCCUCUUUAGUUGAGGCUCUUGACUUCCUACAAGAUGUCACCCAACCACACCACACCCCCCCCCCCCCCCCCCCCCCAAAUUUAUUAAAUAAUAACAUGGGUGUGGGAUGAGCCUCCCAAUUUGCCCAUUAUUUGCUUCUAAUUAAUUGUUUUCAAAAUCCCACUUUUAAUUGUUGUUAUAGAAAGCCAACUUUAACUGAAUCAAAUGCCACACCAUCUGCAGAACAACAUAGCAUGGGGUUUGAAAUGAGUUUAAAUAGACCCACACACACACACAUAUAUAUAUAUACAAGCGGGUUCAAAAGAGGACGUCCGCACUUUCGCUAAAGUGCGGACGGCGCUGCUGCAGCAGCUUUCAGGCGGUGACGGGGCUUGCCGGACGGAGGCCGGAGGCAUCCCAGGCAGCUUCUGGGCAGCGAUCGAGGUCGGAGGAGGUCGAGGUUGCAGGUUUCUGGGCAACGACCUCACCUGCAACUGCAGGUUCCUGGGCAGCGCUCCAACCACGUCGCCGGCGACUACACCAACUGCAGACCGGUCCGUCCGACCCCUAGCCUCCGUCCGGCAAGCGCCGCCGCUCUGUCGCACCCCGAACCGAGCUGCAGCAGCUCCGUCCGCACUUUAACGAAAGUGCGGAUGUCCUCUUUGGAACGCCUCCAUGUGUGUGUGUAUAUAUAUAUAUAUAUAUAUAUAUACACACACACACGGAUCAUGGAGGCUAACUGGACGUGCACAAAUUUACUUAGGUAUUUGUUAAAAGUGAUAAAAGAGGGGUAAAUCAGACCAGAAUAAUUUGAGAGGUCAAAUGUUAAAUUUAGAGGUUCGAAUAGAAUUGGAUUUCAAUUAUCUUGUUGUAUGAUUGUUACAUUACAGAAGCUCAAAAAAUUAAAAAAUGGCAUUGAUGAGCUAAAAAAAUAAUUAAUCACAUACAUAUAUAUGGCUCAGAAAUCACGGAAGCUCAUUUUAGGAUCCACCAUUUUCCCAGUACCCCGCCCUCUUCCCCUACCUCUCCUUGAUCCUCUACCCCUUCCUCUUGAACCUCUGAAAAAGGACUUUCCGUACUUCAUCUCCACAAGUGAAUGGAGUAACUCAUCACAAAGAAUGCAACCAGUAUACAGGGUCGCCCCAUCUUCCAAGGGUGUUGUCUUUUUAUUAAAGUCCACUUGUAUGAUUGUCGAGUCACACUCAGGACACCGCUCUGGAGUAGUGGAGAUUUGAUGAGCCCCUUGGGGGAGGAGCACAAGGAAAUUGCACAUGUUGCAACAUAGUCGCCACUUGGGAGCACUUACGGGGUCUAGAACAAGAGUUCCACUACAUUCAGGGCAAGCACAGACUCCUUGGGAUAUCAAUGAAUGUCGACACGUGGGAUGUGGGCAAAGGAAGCAUGGCAUGCCAGCCCCCUUUCCCAGCUUGCCAGAUGAACCAGAUUUUGCAGCUCCAAAUAGAGUGUCAAUACCUUCAAAUGGAGGACUAUUGUAGCAGUAAGGGCAAAGAGAAAAUGACUUGCCAUCUGGGCCAGGAGUUCCUUGUAGAGCUGCAAAAAGCAAUUGGUUUGGUUAUUCACAGGAAGUUCCUUAAUAAGAAUUCAGAACAAGAUAGGAUAGGAUUGUAAGCACUUUUCAAUUCGAGGCAAGUUUGUUGAAUCCUAUCAUUAACCAAAUGCAUUGCUUUUCAUUUUCAUUUUCUUUUAUGUAGAUUGAUUGAAUGACAUAAACAGCAAGUAAUUGAGUUCAGUUUCAGGGCUCGGUUAUGAGGAAAAAUCAAAUAAAACUGAACCCUCUUUGAUGAACUCAUAGUUUGUUCAUAGUUUGAAUCUGUGAAGUAAAACGAAAAAGAAAUUAUAAUUGAUGUAAGAGAUACCAUUGAACUUGAUGAAACUGAAGACAAGAUCUUUGAGAGGCAGCUUGGAACGCUUGACCAUUAUGGACUUAAGACUGAGCUUCGUGUCGCAGGUGGAUGGGUCAUUGAUAAGCUUCUGGGAAAAGAGUGCAAGGAUAUCGACAUUGCUUUGGAAAAUAUGAUGGGCAGCAAAUUUGUUGACAAGGUGAGAGACUGCUUGUUGUCUGUGGGGGAAGAGGUUCAAGGAAUCGCUAUCAUUCCAAGUAAUCCCGAUCAAUCAAAACAUUUGGAAACGGCGAGGAUGCGCAUCUUAAAUGUAUGGGUUGAUUUUGUGAACUUACAUUGUGAAGAGUACAGUGAUGAUAGCCGGAUUCCUACUAUGGCGCAAAGUUCAAUUUCAUACUCGAUGAACAACUAAAGGAAGCUGCUGCCUGUGAUGAAGUGAAAGCUGCUCUAUCAGCUAAAAUUAGCAGAAAGCGAAUUGGAGCUGAAAUUGAUCUGAUGAUCUCUGCAAACCAACCUGUCCAAGCUAUGACCUAUAUAUGUGACUUGAAGUUAUUUUGGGUUGUCUUCAGUCUUCAUCCGCACUGUGAGCCAUCAGAAGGAUGCGACAGCGAUUGUGUCGCGUACUUGGAUUGUACAUGGAAUCCUAUUCAUUUAGUGGGGCACUCUAUCUUCAAUGACGAACAAAGAAUGCUCUCCUUUUAUGCUGCAAUGUUCCUUCAACUUAGGAAGACCAUGUAUAAAGAUAGGAAAGCAAAAGAUGUAGGGCUUUCUUCACCUCUUUUGAAAACAAUAUUUCACAUCUUUGAUCUCAGAAUUCUACAAAUGGCGUUGAAGUUUCUGAACAAAUAAGGGAAGAGAACUUCUGGAGGGGCUUAGAAUGGAGUGUGAGCAAGAACGGGAAUGGAAAUGGGAAGAAUGAGUGAAGAAGGAGGAGGAAAAAGAAAAGGCAAGGGAGCAGUUGAAGAAGCAGAGGGUACAAGAAUGGGAAGCAUUCGAGAAGGACAGUGAAGAGAGAGGGAGAGAGAGAAGAAGAGAAGAAGCGUUGAUUCUUCUCAACCAGCUGGAUUGUCUGAUCAUACUGGUGCAAGCAACUACUAUUUAUCACAGAUGAUGCAGAAUUUGCCCCAUGUGAAUAGUUUGGAUCAGUUCAUUGUUGACGGAUGAUUUCUUUUAUUGUAAAACAGCUCUCUGCAUGUAUGCAAUAAUCUCUGCAGUGCUGGUGGAUAUGUAAAGGUUAGUGAAUUGCUUAAUGUACUCUAAAGAGUACUUUAUUCAGUUAGGUAUGGUUCUAUACUGAUCUGUCUAGCUUCAAAUCAAAGUUAAUGAGGGCUAUUUAUUUGUUGAUCUAAUUUUUAAUGUAACUAUCUUUCUUAGAAUGAAGAAAAGUUCCUUCUUCCCCUCAAUAAUAUUUUGGCACUAUGAUUGUGAGAUCAGAUUUUUAUUUAGUUUCUAUUAAUGUGUAGGGUUUUGAUGUA